CAGCAUAAAACAUAUUGUCACUUCACAUUUAGCAAUUCCCAAAAGGAGUUUAGUAACUACGUACAUGAUCUAUAAGUAGACCACCCUCAAGUCCUAACUCAUGGCAGGUGUUCUGUGUUCAUGCUCAUCUCCCUUGCUGUCCCCCCGUGUGUUUCACUGCCGUUAGAGUUCAAGUUCAACAGGUCAUUAGGCCAGGAUCAUCAUGGCCAACGCGCUGUCUCUCGUGGCCGUGCUCCUAUGCGUAGCGAGCUACGGGGCGCUGUCCUCGGCCAGGACGUUCACGGUCGGUGAUGACCAGGGAUGGAUGAGCGGCAUCGACUACACCGACUGGACCAGCGGCAAGACGUUCGCGGUCGGAGACAAACUACUUUUCAGCUACAGGAGCCAGGAGCACACGGUGACGGAGGUGAGCAAGAGCGGCUACUACACCUGCUCCGGCAGCGGCGCGCUGAGCGACGACACCAGCGGCUGGACCGUCGUCACGCUCACGGGACCCGGCACGCGCUACUUCAUCUGCAACGUCACCGGCCUCUGCAGCAGCGGCAUGAAGCUCGCCGUCACCGUUGCCGAGAGCGGCGGCGGCACCGUGCCGUCGGGCGCCAGCGGGGGCGCGCCGACUCCGGGAGUGGGCUCCGCGGUCGUUGUGGUGGCCACAGGGGUUCUGAUCAAGCUCGCCCUCUUCUGAAUUUCUGAUUGGGGAAGGCCACCAGCAGCAACUUUAUAUUAGCGGCGGCGUUGAUGAUUCAUUCCACUGCUGAUCACAGUAAUUGACAACAUGUCUACUAGACUAUCUCCUACAGUUUCCGGACCUUAUUCUCGUUGGUGCCUCUUUUUAGAUAAUGUCAGAAAUCACCCAAAAUCUUUUCUUUGAUUGUCAUUAUGCAAAAUGUAUUUGAAGAUUAGUUCAAAGCUCCACAAGUGUACCUUUCGAUGCGGUCAUUAGGGCGAAAGGAGAAAUAGUGCCAUGGCCUCACCAUAUUAAAAAAGUAGCAACGUUGGUCUUGGUCGCUACCUUUUCAA